AUGGGUGACCAUUUACCGGCGUGUGUUAUCGAUGUGGGAACCGGCUACACAAAAUUAGGGUUUGCUGGUAAUAAAGAACCCCAGUUUAUCAUUCCGUCUGCCAUAGCGAUAAAGGAAACUGCUAAAGUGGGUGACCAGAGCACUAGACGUAUGACUAAGGCCGUGGAAGAUUUAGAUUUCUUUAUCGGUGAUGAAGCAUUUGAGGCGACGGGUUAUUCAGUUAAAUAUCCUGUCCGACAUGGUUUGGUCGAAGAUUGGGAUCUGAUGGAGAGGUACAUUGAACAAUGUAUUUUUAAAUAUUUACGAGCUGAACCGGAAGAUCAUCACUUUUUGAUAACAGAACCGCCAUUGAACACUCCCGAAAAUCGAGAAUACUUGGCAGAGAUUAUGUUUGAAUCAUUUAAUGUGCCUGGUUUGUAUAUAGCUGUGCAGGCAGUCUUGGCUCUUGCCGCGUCGUGGAAAUCCAGGACUUCAGCCGGCCGCACAUUCACAGGUAUAGUUGUAGACAGUGGUGAUGGUGUGACUCAUAUUGUUCCAGUAGCUGAAGGAUAUGUUAUCGGUUCUUGCAUAAAACACAUACCUAUUGCGGGAAGGAACAUAACAUCUUUUAUACAGUCUCUGUUGCGUGAACGUGAAGUUGGUAUACCACCAGAGCAGAGCUUGGAAACAGCUAAAGCCAUAAAAGAAAGAUAUAGUUACAUUUGCCCUGAUAUUGCCAAAGAAUUUGCAAAAUAUGAUUCAGAUCCAGCCAAAUGGAUGAAGAAUUACACUGGUAUAAAUGCUAUCACUAAAAAUCCAUUUUCUGUUGAUGUCGGGUAUGAACGUUUCUUGGGUCCGGAAAUAUUCUUCCACCCAGAAUUUUCUAAUGCGGACUUCACUGUGCCCCUAAAUGAGAUGGUCGAUGAAGUUAUUCAAAGCUGCCCGAUUGAUGUAAGAAGAGGGUUAUAUGGAAACAUUGUACUAUCUGGCGGUUCCACUAUGUUUAGGGACUUUGGCAGAAGGUUGCAAAGAGAUAUAAAAAGAACUGUUGAUGCAAGGCUUAAGCUCUCUACCAUGUUAUCAGAAGGUCGGAUUACACCUAAGCCUAUUGAUGUUCAAGUUAUUUCCCACAACAUGCAGCGUUAUGCCGUUUGGUUCGGAGGGAGUAUGCUUGGUUCAACCCCUGAAUUUUAUCAAGUCUGUCACAGCAAACAAGCUUACAUGGAAUACGGACCCAGUAUUUGUAGGCACAACCCUGUAUUUGGUACCAUGACAUAG